ACAUGCAACAAUCCAUCUUUCUUUAAUUUCCCUUCAAGAAAUUCACCUUACCACCCAACACACAUUCAAAGCAAAAUUUUAUGGACAGAGAAGUACCAGAUUAUUGUUCCUAUUUUUGAGUUUUGUUGAUAGCCUGAAACAAAACUAAGUACGUGGUCGAAAAGAAAGUGAAGAAACAGGAGGUUUUUGCACAUCGGUGUUGAUAAACAGAGUAUGAGUAGGUGUGGGUUUCCUUAAAGUUGUUGCCUUUACUAAUCUUCUGCAAAAGUUCUCUGUUUCAGAAAGGGCUUUUCUGAUUUGGUCCUGCUUGGUUUGACUGAUCUGUAGCUUCUGGUACGUUGGUUUGUUGCGCAUUCACCUAUUUUUCUGUUUAUUCAUGGCGACUUAGUUUCAUCGUUGCCUUUUUCUUCAUUUCCAUUAUGGAGAAAAGGGGAGUGUAAUGUCGUUUCAGUUCUUUAGAAAAACUUCAAAAAGACAGCUUUUUCCUUGUAGAGUACUGCAAUAUAUGCUGCUUUGUUGUGUUGAACUGUGGUGGAUAUCUGACUUUCUCAUUUCGAAUUGGUCAGAAGGAAAAGUCAGGAACUUUAGGUGGUGGAGUAAAUUUUAUCUUUGAAUAGUUAUAUUGGCUUGUAAUGGGGAUUUUUUUAAAGGAUUUCCUGAUCUGGGUCCUUAAUUUCAGCAUACUGAGAGCUGGGUUUCUUGUUAAACUAGCAAUUUUAUCAGAUUUAUGGUGUUUAGCUUCAGGACUAGGUUCCAUGUCAGCCAUUGCAGUUUCUUACGGGGAGAAAGGUCCAGUUUUCUGUGGUUUAAAGUUAGAUGGGUCUCAUCUUGUGACCUGUUAUGGAUCAAACUCAGCAAUAACAUAUGGAACUCCAAGUCGUUUCCCAUUUAUUGGUCUAACUGCUGGUGAUGGCUUUGUUUGUGGACUUCUCAUGGAGUCCAACCAGCCAUAUUGUUGGGGAAGCAGUGGUUAUAUCCAAAUGGGUGUCCCUCAACCCAUUAUUAAAGAAGCUCAAUAUGUAGAAAUCAGUGCUGGUGAUUACCAUUUGUGUGGAUUGCGAAAACCUUUAACCGGCAGGCUCAGAAACACCUCUUUUGUUGAUUGUUGGGGUUACAACAUGACCAAAAGCUAUGUGUUUGAUGGACAGGUUCAGUCAAUAUCAGCAGGCUCAGAAUUCAAUUGUGGAUUGUUUUCUCAGAACAGGACAGUGUUUUGCUGGGGUGAUGAGACUAGUAGCAGGGUUAUCAGCUUGAUCCCGAAAAAAUUCAGGUUUCGGAAGAUUGCAGCUGGUGGGUAUCAUGUAUGUGGGAUUUUAGAGAGCGUGAAUUCUAGACCCUAUUGUUGGGGAAGAAGCUUGGACAUUGAAGAAGAAAUCUCAGUGACGUAUUCGGAUCAAGGCAAUGUUGAUUUGGCCCCAAAUGAACCAAUGCUCUCAGUUGUGGGAGGGAAGUUCCACGCUUGUGGGAUUAAGAGCUCUGACCGUGGGGUGAUUUGUUGGGGAUUUAUUGUGAAACCAAGUACACCGGCUCCGAAAAGUAUGAAGGUUUAUGAGAUUGCUGCUGGAAAUUACUUCACUUGUGGAGUUAUUGCUGACAAAUCAUUCUUACCUGUUUGUUGGGGUCUUGGAUUUCCAACUUCUCUUCCCUUAGCUGUGGCACCUGGAUUCUGCAAGUCUACUCCUUGUGCUCCUGGUUUCUACGAGUUUAGUCAUGAGAGUGCCUCUUGCAAAUAUCCUAACUCUCACAUAUGUAUGCCUUGCAGCGAUGGUUGUCCUGCUGAAAUGUACCAAAAAACCGGAUGCACUCUGAAAUCUGAUAGACAGUGUGAAUAUAACUGUUCUAAUUGUUACUCAGCUGACUGCUUUUCAAAUUGUUCAUCUUCGUAUUCCAAUGCCAAGAAUAAUGAAAGGUUUUGGUCAAUGCAAUUACCUAUCAUAAUUGCAGAGAUUGCCUUUGCUGUGUUCUUGGUUAGUGUUGUGUCUAUAACUGCAUUUUUAUAUGUUCGCUAUAAGUUACGAGACUGUCAGUGCACAGCAAAAGAUUCGAAGUCUAAAAAGAAUAUUCAGAGUGGUUCUCCUUUCCAUAAAGACAAUGGUAAGAUUCGUCCCGAUUUGGAUGACCUGAAGAUAAGGAGGGCUCAGAUGUUCACUUAUGAGGAGCUUGAAAGGGCUACAGCCGGCUUUGAAGAAGUGUCUGUUGUGGGAAAGGGCAGCUUCUCCUGUGUUUUCAGAGGUGUUUUGAAAGAUGGUACAGUUGUUGCUGUCAAAAGGGCUAUAGUGUCUCCUAACAUGCAAAAGAAUUCGAAAGAGUUCCAUACAGAGCUAGACUUGCUCUCAAGAUUAAACCAUGCGCAUUUACUCAAUCUGCUUGGCUAUUGUGAAGAAGGUGGGGAAAGGCUUCUUGUUUAUGAGUUCAUGGCUCAUGGAUCAUUGCAUCAACACCUCCAUGGAAAGAACAAAGCCUUGAAAGAGCAAUUGGAUUGGGUUCGAAGGGUCACUAUUGCAGUCCAGGCAGCUCGGGGAAUUGAAUACUUGCAUGGUUACGCUUGCCCACCGGUGAUUCAUCGAGACAUUAAGUCUUCAAACAUCCUCAUUGAUGAAGAACACAAUGCUCGAGUGUCUGAUUUUGGUUUAUCAUUAUUGGGACCUGCAGAUAGUGGAUCCCCAUUGGCGGAGCUACCAGCUGGAACUCUUGGGUAUCUUGAUCCUGAGUACUACAGACUUCACUACCUUACAACCAAAUCUGAUGUUUAUAGUUUUGGUGUUUUGCUGUUGGAGAUUCUUAGUGGCAGAAAAGCCAUUGAUAUGCAAUAUGAAGAUGGAAAUAUAGUUGAAUGGGCAGUGCCUCUUAUCAAGUCAGGAGAGAUAAAUGCAAUUCUGGAUCCAGUUUUGAAACCCCCACCUGACCUUGAAGCCUUGAAAAGAAUUGCCAAUGUAGCCUGCAAGUGUGUGAGAAUGAGAGGGAAGGAGAGGCCAUCAAUGGAUAAAGUGACGACAGCACUAGAACGAGCUCUUGCACUGUUAAUGGGCAGCCCGUGUAACGAGCAACCUAUUUUGCCAACUGAGGUGGUACUGGGAAGUAGUAGAUUGCACAAAAAGUCCUCUCAAAGAUCUUCAAACAGGUCGGUCGACACUGAUGUGGUAGAAUCGGAAAGGUUUGAAUUCAGAGCUCCUUCAUGGAUCACAUUCCCAAGUGUUGCCUCUUCCCAAAGGAGGAAGUCCUCAGUCUCAGACGCCGAUGCAGAUGGGAAGAACUUAGAAGCUAGAAACUUGGGCAAUUGUGGGAGCGGUGGUGAUGGGUUGAGGAGUUUGGAGGAAGAGAUUGGACCUGCUUCACCUCAAGAGAAGUUGUUCUUGCAGCACAACUUUUAAACUGACCAACCAAGCUUAUCAAACUUGAUCCAUGUUCACAGGUUUGCUUGCAUUUAUUUUCCUGGAGGAUGAAAUGUAAAAAGAUGAAUGGGAGGAUGUAAGUUUCUCAACUACUAAAUUUCAGCUCUUCUUUUGUCUAUUCAGUUCUAACAAUUUGUUGAAUGAAAUUCUCCUUUCACACUAAAUUUCAGCAUCUUAGUAAGACUGUAUUCUUCUA